AUGGCCGUCGUCCUCAACGAGGUGUACGCGCUGCUCUCCGACACGGCUGCGCGCCUCGCCUAUGACCAGGAGCAGGGGCCCCGCUCCGAGUUUGCCGGCUACACGGCCCGCCCGCUCUACUCCUCCUGGCUCGGCCCCGAGUCCGUCUAUGACCGUGCCCGUGCCAUCGCGCAGUCGGUUGACGACGAGGACAGGAUCGUCGACGCCAUCAACACCUGCCCCGUCGACUGCAUCUCGUACGUAAUUUAUUUAUUUAAGAAUUGA